AUGGCACAAGCAGCAGUCCAACAGCCCGGUGGGCACUCUACCUCGUUCGAGCCUUUGACGGCCCGACUGCAGGGCCCUUCCAACACUCAGCACGAGAAGCAUCAUGUCCGCACGAGCCUCAACUACUACAAGGAUCCUGGCGAUGGCAGCGCCCCCCAACCGUCCUAUAUAGGCAAGCCCGAAACGUACGAGAGACCGGUCGAGCCGCUGGAAGUGACCGUCACCGACAUCCGAGGCGAGGAGAAGAACUAUAACCUGGACAAGAACGGAUUUGAGAUCUACCGCCAUACAAGCGUCGAGAAAGACUUUGUCGACGACGACCAGAUCAAGGCGCAAUACUACCCAGAAGUCGAGCAGCUUCUAAAGGACGCGACGGGGGCCUCCCGUGUCUUCAUCUUCGACCACACCAUCCGUCGGGCUCCCAAGGACCGUGCGAACCCGGCAACGCUCCUGCGUGGACCAGUAAACCGCGUGCACAUCGACCAGAGCUACAGCGCGUCCAAGUCCCGCGUCCCCCAUCACCUGCCCGACGAGGCCGACCGACUGCUCCAGACUCGCUAUCAGAUAAUCAACGUCUGGCGGCCUAUCAAGACUAUCCUGAAGGAUCCGCUGACCGUCGCUGAUGCUCACUCGGUUCCAGACUCGGACCUCAUUGGCGUGGGCCUGAUCUAUCCAGACCGAAAAGGCGAGACCUACACAGUCCGCCCCAACCACCAGCACAAGUGGUACUAUUUGUACGGCCAGACGCCCGAGGAGGUCCUCCUGAUCAAGUGCUUCGAUUCGAAGCUGGACGGCCGAGCAAGACGGGUACCACACACUGCGUUUGUCAAUCCCGAGACUGUCAACGAGUACUCGAGGGAGUCGAUCGAGGUGCGCUGCUUGGUUUUCCACGAGGAUCAGCCAGCCGAGUGA